UGGAAGUGAAAUUAUUCUGUAAGGCAAUGAGCUCACUGUUCGAAGAUAUAAAAAGUAGCAAAUUAUAAUUCUUCUGUUUGCACGAUGUGAAACAAACAUCUAAUGAUUGUCAAACUUGACUUUUCUCUUAUUAGGAAAAAAAACAUGCCCUAAAUUCGACUUUCGAUAGUGUUCCUGUUAUAUUGCGCAAUUCCCUUAGCUCGAAGAAAUAUUGUCUCCUAAAAACGAUAGCAUUUUUUAAUCAAUUAAUUCCAAUUAUAUGUAUAGCGCAAGUAAGCAUUUGAAAAUUCUAUGAACACUAUAAAAAGUUAUCUUUGCAAACCUAUACCCAUAUCCUCAUGAUGUUGUUGUAUGGUAUUAUAAUUUUCCUGUCCUUGCAGGUCGGUAUCCUUGUAUUUUCAUCAUGAAUAUUGAUAAGUUAAACAGUAUAAGUUAAACUACCUGCUUAACAACUUAUACAUUCCCGUCAAAAAGUGUAGAUUUCAUGACAGUUCAGCCCGAUAUAAUUCAGUUAUGCAGAAAGCGGCGUUUUGGAGGCUUCAUCAAGACGAAGGAACCGCUAAAGAAACUCAGAAGGAGGGGAUGAGCAAAGCUCCGCCUUUACCCGAGCUCAAAAUGACAGGGCCUGGGUCGAAGAGGCCACCGUUCUCCUGGGAGGAGAUUUGUAUGUAUUUGUAUGGACACGUGCCGUUGGAGCCUACAGUCCUUGACAAUCAGCGUAAACUCAUCAAGCACGAGGAACCUGGCCCAGAACGCAAGAAAAAGCGGUGUUCACUGCCAAGCCCGUCCUUGGUGUUCCCGGAUGAGGUGAAACUCUGUAGGUCGAGUGUCCCUGGGGCAGAAUAUGGAGUGUGUGCGGCUCAGCCCAUUCCCCCUGGAACGUGGAUCGGUCCGUAUGAAGGCCAGGUUAUCAGGCGAGAUGAAUUGCGAGAUGGCGCACAUAAUGACUACAUGUGGGAGAUUUACAAAGACGGGAAGUUUAGUCAUUUUAUUGAUGGAAGUGAAGAAUACAUGUCCAGCUGGAUGCGUUUUAUACAAUGUGCUCGCUACAAAGAGGAGCAGAACAUGACGGUGUUUCAGUAUUGUGGGAACAUUUAUUACCGGGCCUUCAGGCACAUCCCCGCAGGCAGGGAACUCCUGGUGUGGUACGACGAAAAAUACUCCGAAUUUAUUGAUGUCCCGGCUCUGAUGAAAGCGAGGGUCGUCAAAGAACACACGGUUCAGUGGAAGCCUCCAGGAGUAGAUGAAGAAAUUCUUUUCGAAGAUUCAAGAGAUCAGGACUUUGAUGAUCCGGAGAGGCCCCUGGACCCUUUUGGACUGGGUCUGAAGGAUCACGGAGAACCCCAUAUUUGGAGAUGUGGUCAGUGCUCGCAGACGUUUUCUCAAAGGGUGCUUCUCCAGAUGCAUGUAUGCCCACAGUCCCCCGAUCGACCAUACCAGUGCGGGCACUGUCCUUCGUCGUUCCCAGGCCCAGCCGAGCUGAGAGAACAUGUCGUGAUCCACAUCAACGAGAAACCAUUUAAAUGCGGCUUCUGCGGGCGUUCAUUCGCUGGCGCAACAACACUGAACAAUCACAUUCGAACGCAUACGGGAGAAAAGCCAUUUAAAUGCGACAAGUGUCAUAAAACGUUUUCGCAAUCUACGCAGCUGAGCCGUCAUCAGAAGUCACCGGAAGAAUGCCAAAGAGAUGUUAUAGAAAGAAAAUAAACAAAAAAUACCCAUCAUCAACGGCUAGUUGGCUUUUAAACCAACUGGGUGUACCAUAAAGAAGAUAUGUUUUCGAUGUUCCAAAAACAAACAUGAAGUUAGCUUAGAGAUUAGGGAGUUAUGCAGCACCAUUAUAUGUUGUACAUUUUCGUUAAUACUGCCAUUAGAUUUUCUAGUUUAAUUUAUUAUUUAUUAGAUGUAUAGUAUAUUUUGCCUAGUUUCAAAUGGAAAAGCUCAUUUAAAGGGUAGACAAUUUGACCUUUGAGGGAGGCUGUCGUUAAAAAAAAAAGCCUGAAAAAAAUUCAGGCUUGAACGGUAUUCUUCUUCUUAAGUUGUGUCUAUAACUGCGAUGAUCAUUGAUGUCUUCAUAUCUUUCUCCGCAGUUCAAAUAUAUGAUCUUUCAUAC